CGCGGGCACCCGGCCUCUACAUCUGAGGAGAGAUGAACACUGCCGACAAGGCCCGGAUGGGGCCUGCGGCCGACGGGUCUGCGCCGCCCGAGGAGGAGGAGGGCGAGGAGGGCGGGAAGGAGCGGGCGGCGGACGCGGUCCCCGGGCCCAGCGCCGCUUUCCGUCUCCUGGUUACUCGGCGAGAGCCGGCCGUGAAGCUUCAGUAUGCAGUGAGCGGAUUGGAGCCGCUGGCCUGGUCCGAGGACCACCGCGUGUCCGUGUCCACGGCCCGCAGCAUCGCCGUGCUGGAGCUCAUCUGCGAUGUGCACAACCCGGGCCAGGACCUGGUCAUCCACCGCACCUCGGUGCCAGCCCCUCUCAACAGCUGCCUUCUCAAAGUUGGCUCAAAAACAGAAGUUGCUGAGUGUAAGGAGAAAUUUGCCACUUCUAAGGACCCCACAGUCAGUCAGACUUUCAUGUUGGACAGGGUGUUCAACCCUGAGGGGAAGGCUUUGCCACCAAUGAGAGGAUUCAAAUACACUAGCUGGUCCCCCAUGGGUUGUGAUGCUAAUGGCAGGUGCCUCUUGGCGGCUCUGACCAUGGACAAUCGCCUGACUGUCCAGGCCAACCUCAACAGACUGCAGUGGGUCCAGCUGGUUGAUCUGACUGAGAUUUAUGGAGAACGUCUUAAUGAGACCGGUUACAGGCUCUUUAAAAACGAGGCCCCAGGAGGGACUCUGGGGGAUUUUGCUGAGUUUCAGAGGAGAUACAGCAUGCAGACACCAGUCCGAAUGGAGUGGUCAGGCGUCUGCACCACGCAGCAGGUACGGCACAACAACGAGUGCCGGGAUGUGGGCAGUGUGCUCCUGGCCGUCCUCUUCGAGAACGGCAACAUUGCUGUGUGGCAGUUUCAGCUCCCGUUUGUAGGAAAGGAAUCCAUCUCUUCGUGCAACACAAUUGAAUCAGGAAUCAGCUCUCCUAGCGUUUUGUUUUGGUGGGAAUACGAGCACAGUAAUCGGAAAAUGAGUGGCCUUAUUGUGGGGAGUGCAUUUGGACCUGUAAAGAUACUUCCUGUCAAUGUCAAAGCAGUUAAAGGCUACUUCACUUUAAGGCAGCCUGUUGUCUUAUGGAAAGAAAUGGACCAGUUGCCCGUGCACAGCAUUAAAUGUGUGCCACUGUAUCACCCUUACCAGAAGUGCAGUUGUAGCUUAGUGGUGGCUGCAAGAGGAUCCUAUGUGUUCUGGUGUCUUCUUCUGAUCUCCAAGGCAGGUCUGAAUGUUCACAAUUCGCAUGUCACAGGCCUCCACUCACUGCCAAUUGUCUCCAUGACCGCAGACAAACAGAAUGGGACGGUGUAUACUUGUUCCAGCGAUGGGAAGGUGAGGCAGCUGAUUCCCAUUUUCACAGAUGUCGCGUUAAAGUUUGAACACCAGUUGAUUAAACUCUCAGACGUGUUUGGCUCAGUGAGGACACAUGGGAUAGCAGUGAGCCCCUGCGGUGCUUACCUGGCCGUCAUCACCACCGAGGGCAUGGUCAGCGGCCUCCAUCCUGUUAACAAAAACUACCAGGUCCAGUUUGUCACUCUCAAGACCUUUGAAGAGGCAGCUGCUCAGCUCCUAGAAUCUUCAGUUCAGAAUCUCUUUAAACAGGUAGAUUUAAUAGACCUACUACGCUGGAAGAUUUUAAAAGAUAAGCAUAUCCCUCAGUUUUUACAGGAAGCUUUGGAAAAAAAGAUUGAAAGCAGUGGGGCCACCUAUUUUUGGCGUUUCAAACUUUUCCUCCUGAGGAUUUUGUAUCAGUCAAUGCAGAAAACCCCUUCGGAGGCCUUGUGGAAGCCCACCCUUGAGGACUCGAAAAUCUUAGUAGCAGACUCGCCUGGGCUGGGCAAUGCUGAGGAUGACCAGCAAGAAGAAGGCUCUUCUUCCAAACAAGCGAGUAAGCAAGGCCUUCACGAGAGGAGCAAAGAAGGUGACCCAGAGGAUGCCCCGGAGGACUCGCUCACCCAGUGCGGCGAGGGAGGCCGGGAGCCAAUGGAAGAGAAGCUCCUUGAAAUCCAAGGGAAGAUCGAAGCCGCGGAGAUGCACUUGGCCAGGGAGCACAUGAAGCGGGUGCUGGGGGAAGUGUACCUGCACACCUGGAUCACAGAGAACACCGGCAUCCCCACCAGGGGCCUCUGCAACUUCCUGAUGUCGGAUGAAGAGCGUGACGACAGAACAGCCCGGGUGCUCAUUGGACACAUCUCCAAGAAGAUGAACAAACAGACCUUCCCCGAGCACUGUAGUUUGUGUAAAGAGAUCCUGCCGUUCACAGAUCGCAAACAGGCAGUCUGCUCCAAUGGCCACAUUUGGCUCCGGUGCUUCCUAACCUACCAGUCCUGCCAGAGUUUGAUAUACAGAAGGUGUUUGCUCCAUGACAGCAUUGCCCGCCAUCCGGCCCCGGAAGAUCCUGACUGGAUUAAGAGGCUACUGAAAAGCCCCUGCCCUUUCUGUGAUUCUCCUGUCUUCUAAAUGUCAGUGGUGGGAAGAGGGAAAGGACGUGUGUCCUGCUGCAGGAGAUACCCUGUAGUCUGGAGAGAGAGGGUGCGCCGGGGUAAGCCCGGCCUCCUCAAGUGGAGAGGCAUGCGUCAUGAUUGGAAAUAGGGUCCUGGCAACUCGUUUUUGAAGUGCAUCCUCCAUCUCCAGGGACUAAAGGAUAUCUUUAAAAUGACUGAAUACAGAGACUAUAGGUCAUUUGGAGAUGAAUGUUAGUCCCUCCAACCCCACUCCUUACCCAAUAAGGAACACUUAUUUUUCAAGUGUCUUGACUGAAGCAGUUUGAACAAAAAGAACGCCCCAUUGUUUCUUGGAACAGAAUGACCCUCCUAGAGAGUUUGGACAAGGGCCUUGUUGGGCUGAGAUAGGCUCUCGUCCUUGCCUUGGUCUGGAACUGCCUGGUGGCUCCAGAGAGCUUCAAUCACCUAGUACGUGGCAGGCAGUGUGCCAACAAACAUUAAAAGUGUCUAAAAUUAAUUCAGGGGCCUGAUGGUUUGCUCUCAACAAAUACCACAGAUUUGUAUCCCACCAUACUUGUUUUUCAUGCCUAUUGAAAACAUUUUCAUAAAAUUCUUGUUUUUAAGAGUUGAACCCAAGACUAAAGUUGGUUUUAAUGUGUCAAAAGAUCAGGUGAUUCUUACAAGUCAGUAAUUGUGACUUACUUUUAAAGGUCUCCUAUGUCAGCAGGUUUCCCACAGCAACUCCUUGAUGUGUAUAAAGAUGUCAAGUUCCACUUCACCUGUGCCACAUCCCUGCUUCACACUCAACUGUAGUCACCUAGAUGGGUUAUCUGUACAUAGAAGGAAAAGAAUAGUUUCUCCUUUAAUGUUAAGUUAAAACUUCUAGUAUUUUUCAUGUUGAUACUUCCAGUCAAUUCGCCAGCAUAGGAGUGUGCAUGGCGUCUAUCUAGAGAUUCCAGGGAGGAGACAGGCAGCUCAGAAGUACAGACUUGAGCUCCGGUGUUCCAACUGUGUGCAGCUCGGUUGACCAGAGCCUGGGCAUUUCUUCUCUGCAAAGAUCCUUGGUACUUACAGGUCUGCUUCCAUGGGCUAUUCAGAGAUGUUAGACCUUAAUUGGUCUUAAAACUUAAAGUAAAAAACAGACACUCUGAAAUUGCAGUGUUCUUGGAUUGUUGAAAUAAGUGUCCUAAGGAUUGGUGCUAAUCUACAGGACUGUAAUGCGCACAUCUUGAUACGGUGCAUAUUUCUGGGAAGUUGGAUGAGAAAUACAAAAUGUGAAAUUCUAACUCCUAUUACUGCUAUCUUUAUUGCAUUUAUUCCAACAUUUAUUCCUGCUUUUAUUUCAUAUCCUUUGUGGAAGACAUUUUAUCCUCACUUUAGAAACACUUGAAAUUUGGAUAACACUGUAACAGAAACCACACACCACUGGGUGCCCCCCGUCCUCCCCCUUCUGUCCAUUUGUAGUGGAGACAAGAUUCCUUAAGAAGCUCUUCCAAACAGUCUGCUUUGAAAUGUCUUUUGUUUCCUAUUCAAAUUUUUGUUUUCUCUUCUGUGUUUGCUUGAGUCUUGUGUUUAUCUUUCUGAUCGUAGUGGUAAUUUCAGCAAUCGUUUUAUCCAGAAUUUAGGGUCCAGCAUGUGAAGUAAUUUUCAAUAAAGAGAACCAGGCGAGCAGCAUUAAAAUCAUGAAUAACAACUCAGAAGGUUGUUUGUGGUCAUUUGUGCUGUCGCUGCAAAUAUAACAGUAAACACUGAUACUGUGUCAAGAAUCAUUGCAGGUUUUGUGAUCAUGGUAUGCUUAGUUUCACUCUCUGUUCCCAGAGUCAGUAGUUGAUCUUUUCUUAUUGGGGAAUUUUGUGUUGCUGCCUUUUAAAACUUACAUUAAGUUCUUAUUUGAAGCAGCUGUGCAUUUGGGGGAACCUGUAACUCUUAGGAGUUAACGAAAAGGGAUCUGCGAAAUUAUUUUGUACGUCUGCAUAGGAAUAAGUAUGGCAACUCUUUCGCUAGAGCGUGGCUUUUCUCUGCAGGGGGCUAGGCCCAGUGACGUUAAGAACGAAACCCGGGUGACAUCUCAAGCCCAAGUUUCUGCACAUGAGUAGGGUGGCCCUACCCCCUUCUCCCCCCCAACCCCCAUCGUGGAGGUUAAUCACCGACCUGCGAGAGCAGAUUUCAGCUAAGGCAGCAUCAUGAACCCAGUCCACUUCUGAGAUCAGUGCGGUCAGCAUACAUGACGCUAGAGUUUGGUCAGUGGGACCUUGGGAAAGAGGAGGAGUGACACCAGGAAUCGCAGACUUGGCUGCUUCCCCCAGAAUAGAUUUAUCACUCUCUCUGUACCUCCUAAAAUUUGCCUGAUCUAUUUAAUGGAUUUCAAGUUUAUUUCAGCUGUCACUGUAACAACCGUGGCAGGGAUGGCAGAUGUCAUGUUGCUGCACCACAUUAAGGUGCAGAGCACAGAUUCUAUACAGUUAGACCUUUGCAGCUACAACACUUGCAUUUUGGGAGUCUGAUAUCCACACCUGGUUCCCAUUUUCUCUGCCUAGAGUUAAUUUGUCCUUAUUAUUCUAGAUAAGAAAUCGAUAGCUUGUUAGGCAUGAUAUUCAUUCUGAAAUCCUCGUGUCUGUCCACCACCCAGACUUUAAGCAGUCUCUACCUAGUAUUCUAUCUGCCAAGACUACCAAUUAUUUUUCAGUGUCAGAAGUUAUUAGAACCACUGGUGAAGCCCAUGGCUGAGGGUGACAUUUUUCUGCUUCUCCCUCUAAAAAGUUUCUGAGAAAGUUAAUGUUGAAGCAUGUGGAUUGGAUCUGUUGGCAAGUUUCACAGGUUAAUUAGGUUAAAAGGUAUUAGUUAAGUAUUAAAAUACGUUGUAAUUAUAAUGUAUCAGCUAAGCCAUAGAAGAAAUUUUGAUGCUUACAGUGCUUGUUCCGGGGACUCAUGCUGCUGGCUUUACAGAGCACCUGCUCGUCUUGCCACAGUCACACUGCUUUGGAGUUCGGCGAGUGGCUGCAGCCAGGAACCAGCAUCACUGGUCCACGUCCGCAGGGGCUGUGUGGCCUCUCUGCCCCGACCUCUCUCUUUCCUUCCUGGAGAGAUCCUCUUGAUUCCCAUGCCUCCACUUCUGUCUGCUUCAGGACACAGUCAGAGCUAACAGAGUUCGUGUUUGAGAGAAAAACAGAUUAGUGAUAAAGUUUCAAAAAACUAAAUCACGUAGUAGGCCUCUCUUCCUAGAAAAAACUGUUGAACAGGAAUUGUUCUCUCUAAAAGUAAGUGUCAGGUGUUGGUGAGCUACCUGGUUCUCUUCAGAAUUCUCCAUCACACUCCUGCCAGAGCUGAGGGACUCCCGGCUGGGCUGUGGGCUAGAGGGGGCUAGAUUUCAGCUCCUGGCCGCCCGCCCACACCUCUCCCCAAGCCGAUACUCUUGACAAGCAAAAAUUCUGGUUAACGCUAAGCUGAAUGGGUUAUAUUCAAAGUCAGCAGGUCUAAAUUUUUUAAAGGAAAAACAUAUUCUGCCUUUUCUUUCUGUUUAGAGACUGGGCAGCAAAUAGCCAGAUAGGUAAAUGAAUCUCUUUAUAGGUAGCCCAUCACAGACUGUUGGGAGAGUCUGCACAGCUUCCGUAACUGAGCAGGGAUCUAUCUUUGUGCUCAUGCCACCCCCCUGCGUGCUGCUGGGGUGCAGCGGGGCCGUAAACUGCAGUGUCUCAGGAACCUAACCUUUCCUCUCAAGGUCGUCAGAUUUCAAAACGCCUCUAAAGGCCUACCUGAAGUCAGUUGUUUUCAUUUUAGUAUUAGUGGAAGUAUCAUUUGGCAGCUCCAAGCAGAAUUUUAGAUUUAUGUCUCAAGUCUCAUAGUUAUUAAAUUUUGCCCUUUCUGGAAGCUAAAAAGUUUUAGAGUUAGGAUCAUCAUGUCUAACACAUCUGCUGUUCAAAUUGGUUGUAGGACAUGUGAAAUUUGUCCUUAAGUCAAAUUGCAGAAAAUAGAGUUGCUUCUGAUGUGAAGUGCCGAGCAUCGCUAGCCUGCUGAGAGAGCAGGGUUUCUGGAAGGCUGUGAACUCGUUCCGGUGGCGCAGACGUAAGUCAGGAACAGGACUUCACUAAGCGGCUGAGGCCGGCGUGUAGGAUGCGGCUGUCCGUCUGCGUAUGCAGUUUUAAGACAAGGCUGGUUCUGAAAACUUGCUGUGGAAAUCAAUAAAUUUAACUGGGGAAUGACUGUCUAUAAAGAUGUUCUGGAAAGAAAAUCCUUUUGGUAUAAGAAUAUUUCUCCCCUGACCUGUUUAGCCAAUUAGGUGAUUCAUCUUUUCUUGCAUUUUCUUUGUGUUGUGCUUUGUGGGGGACAAUAAAAAUCUGAGGCCCUAGUCAGUGAGUUCACUUAGAGCAAUGUUACGUGUUUGCCAGCGUGGUGUCUAUUCAUUCAUUCCAGGCUUGGGGGGAGCUGGAGAAAGGGAAGGGUGGUCCUCCUGCUGACACAGUGAAGGGAAGGCACCGGCGUUCCAGUUGGACUAUUGCAAGUAGGUGGGGUGGAAUGACAUUUCAGAACUCUACAUCUUAAUGUUUAUUUCUGAUCUCAAAAUGUGUUUACCUCACUACCCCAAAAUCCUGUGACUUUCAUAAAGUUCCUACAGAGAAGUUGGGUUGAAUGAUGUAACAGGCUGUGGCUUUGAGGCAUUUCCGUUUUACACUUGGCUAACAGGCUGGUAGGAUUUAGGGUGCUUUGUGUUGGUUUGCUACUAAAGCAGAAUUAAAUGCAAAAAUGAAUUCGGUCUUUUUCAAGACUUUGACUCAGACUUGUACUUCAAGGUGUGACAGUAACUUGAGUAUCAAACUUGUUUAUACAGAAAUAAGACUGCACCGAGAACUCUGUUGUGUGCAGUGUCCAAGCCUUUAUGUUUACCCAGGGCCUGUGCUAUUCUUUGUGCUCGACUUUCCAUUAUUUAUAUGUUUACAUGUGACAGUUUUUUGAAAUAAAACAAACAGACAUCUAAACACUUCGCAGUCACAGAAAGAUGGUCCUUAAACCCUUCUCUCUGACUGGGCAGUAGGCCUUAGACUCCUAGUGUUUAAAUAAAACCUUUACAAAUGCUAACACCUUUGGCUUGGGGUGCCCCCCAACCAGAAAAACUGGCUGCUUCUCUCCAUUGUAGGCGUGUACAUAGUGCUUAUGAUUAGACUGUAAGCUCCUCGAGGGCAGGAACUGUGUUUCAUCGGUGGUUCCUGCAGCACCUAGUGUAAAGUGCCUUGCACAGAGUAGGUGCUCACGGUGCUGAGAAUGAGUGAGCAACUUCCUUCUGUCUUGACCAUAAAGCACAGUUCGCUUUUCCAGUGCAUUCAAAACUGCAAAGAACUAAUGACCGGAAGAGGGCCAAAUUCUCUCUUGGGUUUGAGGCAGGCUCUGUCCUUAGCACGGUAUAGCCGUCUUUUCCUGAAGGUAGUAUACCAGUGUGCUGGGCUUUUACUUAAUAUUAGGGCAGAGGUUUCUGGGGAAAGUUUGACAUGGAGAAGAUAGAGAAAAUGAAACGGAAAAUUUGGAGAGUGUUUGUCAAUAUCCAGCCCUGUGGGGCAGUCCUACCUUAGUUAUUACUAAAUAAAGGGAUAACAGGUCCUCUGAUUCUUACCAGUUAGCUGGUAGGCCAAUUUUCCAGUUAAUGAAAGAUCACUGGUUUUUAGCUUUUUCCAUUUUGGAUUCCCCUCAAUUGCUCAUAUGAUUCUAGUACUUAAGAGUCUAAUGAAGUUGCUGUGAGUAUCCAGUGCUGUACAUAAUGGCAGUUUUGUAAAUGUGAAAUAACCUCAGUAUGUCAUGUUUUAUAUGCAGAGCCACUAGUAGUAUUAUCUUGGCCACUUUUCUAUUCAAAAUAAAUAUAUUGCAGAAUUACUUGUA